AUGGGAAAGUAUGAGAUGGUUAAAAGAGGUGAAGAAGGAGAUAAAUACUAUUACAGAGAAGAAAGAUAUGAUAAAUUAGAUAAUAAUAGUUUCACAAAUAAAUCAGAUAUUUAUAUAAAAGAAAAAGAAUCAUAUUAUAUGGGAGAAAAUAGAAAAUAUAUAUCAAGAAGCAGAGAAAAAAUGGUAGUAGGAAUGGGGAGAGAAAAUCACAAAAAUGAAAAUAUUUACAAUAACUACAAAAAACCAUCACUAGAAAAUCAUUAUGUAAGGAGAAAUGAAUUAUCAAAUCCAGAUAAAAAUAGAAAUUUUUCAAAAAAUAAAAAAGAUUAUCAUCAAAAAUUUUCUCGUGAUAGAUAUUAUAAAAGAUCACCAAGGAGGAAUUUCUCUAAAGAUAGAAGAAAAAAUAGUAUCUAUGAAAGAAAUAAUGAAAAAAAAUUUAAAGAAAAAUAUAAGUAUGAAAAAGAAAAUAAUAAGUGGAAUAAUAACAACAAUAAUAAUAACAAUAGAUUUGGUUUAUAUAAUACUCAUAGAAUAAGAAAUGAAAAAAUUAAUAAUAAAAGAUACUCAAGAGAUAAUGAUAGAAAAUCUUAUGAUAACAAUUCACACAAAAUGAAUAUAGGUAUGAUGAGAAGAGAAAGACAGAAAGAUUUACGAAAUCAUGCAUAUAAAAAACCAGAUCCAUGCAAAAUAUUUGUUGGAAACAUUUCUACAAAUGCAAGAGAAGAGGAUGUAAGAAGAAAAUUUUUACAAUAUGGAGAUAUUUUGAAUAUGCAAUGGAAGAGGAGAUUUGCAUUUAUAGAAUAUUUUAAAUCAAUUCAUGCAAGAAAUGCAAUUGAUGAAGAAAAUGGAAAAAUGUUUUUUGGCGAAGAAUUAAGUGUCCAACCACACCAUCCUAUUGCUUAUGGAAAUAAAAAUGAUUCUAGAAAGUUUCCUCCAAAAUUUCAACGAAAUUUUUCUCCAAAAAAAAAUGAAUCAAGAGAAAAAAAAAAUUCAUUAAGAAUUGUUGUAAAAAAUAUUGAUGACAAUGUUAGUUGGCAGGAUCUAAAAGAUUUCGGUAGAGAAGUAGGAUCAGUAAAUUAUGCUAAUGUAGUUCAGGGUUAUGACAAAGAAAAGUAUGGAAUAAUAGAAUAUUAUAAUUAUGAAACAAUGAAAAAAGCUAUCGAUGUUUUAAAUGGAAAAAAAUUUAAUGGAAAAUAUGUAGUGGUUUUAAGAUAUAAUGAAUCAUUAUUAGAUAUGAGGCAUAGAAAUAAAGAAAGAGAAUUUAACAAUAUAAAAGAAAAUAAUUUUGCAAAUAAUGAUAAAUAUUAUUAUAAAGAUAAAAUAUAUCGUGAGGAUUUGGAAGACAACAAAGAUAAAUAUAGAAAAGACAAAUUUUAUGAUAGAGAAAAAAAUUAUGAGAGAAGUAAAUAUAACAAAGAAAAAAAUGAUGUAUUUGAUAGAAAUGAUAAAAAUUAUAAAAAAGGAAUGAAUGAGAAAAGAAGGAGCACUAUGGAUAAUGAAAGAGAUAAUGAAAUGGAUAUAGAAAGGGAUAUAAGUCAUAGAAGCAAACAAGAAAGUAAAAAUAAUGAAAUAGAAGUAGAAGAUGCAGAAGGAAGUCAAAGGAGUGAUAGAGAAUAUGAAAAAAAUGAAGAAGAAAAAGAAAGAGGAAGAAGAAGAGACAGAGAAAUGGAUAAAGGAAGAAAAAGAGAGAGGAGAGAAAGAGAAAAACAAAACAGUGAAUCAAGAAUGGAAAGAAAUUUAAGUGUAGAUGAUAGAGAAAUAGAAAGAGAAAGAAAAAGAGAGAGAAUAGAAAGAGAAAGAGAAGGAGAUAAAAGUGAAUCAAAAAAUGAGAGAAAUACAAGUGAGGAUAGAAAAGAAAUGGAAAGAGGAGGCAAAAAAGAAAAGGAGAAAAUAAAAAAUGAAACAAAAAAUGAAAAAAACAUAAGUGAAGAUGAAAGAAAAAGAGAUAGGAGUGAAAGAAGUAAAGAGAGAAGUGAAGAAAGAAGAGAGAGGCAUGAAGAAAGAAGAGAACGAAUUGAAAGAAGAGAAAAAAGUGAAGAAAGAAAAGAAAGAAGUGAGAGAAAAGAAAGAUAUGAAAGAAGAGACAUGAGUGAAGAAAGAAGAGAUAGAAGUGAAGAAAGAAAAGAAAGAAGUGAGAGAAAAGAAAGAUAUGAAAGAAGAGACAGGAGUGAAGAAAGAAGAGAUAUAAGUGAAGAAAGAAGAGAUAUAAGUGAAGAAAGAAGAGAUAGAAGCGAAGAAAGAAGAGAUAGAAGUGAAGAAAGAAGAGAAAAAAUACAAAGAAGUAUAAUGGAAGGAGAAGGAAGUGAAGAAAGAAGAGAAAAAACACAAAGAAGUAUAAUGGAAGGAGAAGGAAGUGAAGAAAUAGAAAAUGAAAGAAUUAGAAUUAAAAAAAAUAAAAGUGAAAGUAGUUAUGAUAGAGGAAAAAGAAAAUAUAGCAGUGAAAUAGAACAAAAAAAAAGUAAAAAAGGAAAGAACGAUAAAGAACAAGAUCAAAUGAAAAAUAUAUAUCAAGAAAAUAAUAGUGAUUAUGAAUAUAUAAAUGAAAAAAGAAAAUGCAUAAAAGAAAAAUUGGAGGAAAAGAAAGUAACAAAUGAAAAAAAUGAAAAUGAUAAAAAAAAAGAAAAAUAUAAAAAAGAAAAAUAUGAAAAAUAUAAUAAGAAUGAAAUAGGAGAUAAUCAAAAAAAUGAUUAUAGCAAUGUGGAAAGUUAUAAAAAUGAAAAAAGUGAAAGUUUAAGAAAUAAAAGAGUAGAUGAUCAAAAUUUAUCUAAAAAGGCAAAAGAAAGAAAUGAAAAAGAUGAUGGUUUAUGUGAAAAAGGAAAAGCUACUAUGUGUAAAAAUGAUAGAGAACAAAAUGUAGGUGAUGAUAAUAUUUCAUAUAAAAGUGAUAGAGAAAGGAGUAUUAAUUCAAAAUAUAUAAAAGAAAAAGGUGAUAAAAAUAUUAAUCAAAUCAAUAAAAUUGAUCAAGAUUAUAGAAGCAGAAGUUCUAGUAAAAAACAAAGAUCUUAUAAAAGAAAUGUAAAUAGAAAAAAAGUAUCAAAUAUAUCUGAAGAAUCUGGAAAAAGAAAAUGA